GCUGCCGGCCGGAGCUCGCCCGCUGGUCAGCGCCCUCAUGUUCUCCGCUGGCCUCCUGGGCAACCUGCUGGCCCUGGGGCUACUGCUUCGCUGUCGGCGCGGGCCCCGCGCCCGCCCUCCUUCCCUCUUCCACGUCCUGGUGUUGGCCCUGGUGGUCACCGACCUGCUGGGCACCUGCUCCGUCAGCCCCUUCGUCUUGGCUUCUUACCACCACAACCGCACCUUGACCGCCCUGGCCCAAGGAGGACACAUCUGCCUCUACUUCGGCUUCGCCAUGAGCUUCUUCGGCCUCGCCACCAUGCUCAUCCUCUUCGCCAUGGCGCUGGAGCGAUGCCUGGCCCUGGGGCGGCCCUACUUCUACGAGCGUUUUCUCAGCCCCCGCACGGGUUUGGUUGCCCUGCCUGCCAUCUAUACCUUCUCCACAGCCUUCUGCUCCUUGCCGCUGGUGGGCUUCGGGCGGUACGUGCAGUAUUGCCCCGGCACCUGGUGCUUCAUCCAGAUGCACCUGGAGUACGUCCAGCAGAAUGGCAGCACGGAGAUAUCCAGCUUGGACGUGACCUUCUCGCUGCUCUACGCCACCCUGCUCCUCUUCCUCAUCCUCUCCGUGCUGCUCUGCAACCUCAGUGUCAUCGCCAACCUGGCCCGCAUGCACCGCCGUGGGCAGAAGACCCGUCGGCUGGCCACGCUCGAGCAGCCCCGGGCGGCUGGCGGCUGCGGCCGGCGCAUGUUCUCCAUGGCCGAGGAGAUUGACCAUCUCCUUCUCCUCUCCAUCAUGACCAUCACCUUCGUCAUCUGCUCCCUGCCGUUCACGAUCCGCGCCUACGUCAACAAGUUCAGCGAGAAAGAGGACAAACACGAGUGGGACCUCCUGGCCCUGAGGUUUCUCUCUAUUAAUUCCAUUGUCGACCCUUGGGUCUUCGCCAUCCUGAGGCCACCGGUCCUGCGGUUCAUGCGCUCCGUGCUGUGCUGCCAGGUGACCCCCGCCAACCAGGACAGCCACACUCCAUCCCCCGCAAAGACAAACCUGGCAGCCCGGCUGGCCCCCUGGGGGCAGUAG